AUGUUCCCUUUGGCUUGGGCUGUUUGUGAGGUUGAGAGCACUGACACAUGGAGUUGGUUUCUAGAACUUCUAGCUACUAAUUUAGGCACUAGUGAAGGAGCAGGGUACACAUUCAUGUCUGACCAACAAAAGGGUUUACUUGCUGCUGUGUCAAAUGUGUUUCCACAAGCUGAAAGUAGGGUGUGUGCAAGGCAUGUGUACUGUAACUUUAGGGGAGUGUUUGGAGGUGGUUUAGAGUACAGAAAACAAUUCUGGACUAUUGCAAAAAGCAACACAGUAAAUCACUUCAAUGAAAACAUUGAAGUCAUGAGGGCUAUUUCACAUGAAGCUGCUGAAGACCUACUGAAAAGGAACUACAAGAAAUGGUGUAGGGCAUUCUACACUCCAUUAUCUUGUUGUGACAGUGUAGACAACAACAUGAGUGAGGUGUUUAAUGCAUACAUCUUGAGUGCAAGGCACAAGCCUAUUAUUACCAUGUUGGAAGAUAUCAGAGAGGGUUUGAUGGAAAGACUGCAUAAGAAAAGAGAUUUCAUUGGGAAAAAGGAGAUAAUGUUGUGUCCUAGGAUCCAAAUUCAGUUAGAGAAACACAAAAUUUGGGCUAGGGGUUGGAAUGCAUACUGGGAUGGUGGGUUUUGCUAUGGAGUGAGUGAGAUUCCAUGCAAACAUGCAACUGUUGCUAUAUGGAAUAAAGUAGACCACCCAGAACAAUAUGUCAAUGCAUAUUUCUGCAAACAGACCUACAUGAAGGCAUAUGAAUUUUUGUUAGAGCCUUUAAAUGGUCCUCAAGAGUGGCCUACUUCUGAUAGCAUUGUUGUGGCUCCAAAGGUGAAAAAGGUCAAUGGAAGACCUAAAACAAAGAGGAGAUAUGGUGUUGGAGAGGUAACUGCAUCUGGUAAGCUGAAGAGAACAGGUUGUUCUAUGAAAUGCAGCUUAUGUGGUGUGAUAGGCCACAACAAAAGGGGUUGCAAGAAUGCCCCUAAGCAACAACAACACAGCAACAAUCAUGCUACUGCAGAGCAGACCACACCAUAG